UGCGGCGAGUCCGACCGAAGUCGUCCUCACGGUGUUCCCCGCAUCGACGUCUUUAACCUCUCCCCCGGGCACCUCGCGAGCGAUCCGCGACGCCGGAAUAAUCGCGGGAGGAUUUUUCCAGCAGUCGCGAGGCUGACCACGGCUCGACCGUCCCAGCGGACCGUUCACUGACUAGCCUAACCCUCUCCACGCAUCGCACCCCAGGCCCAAACAUGGCGGCGACGUUAGGUCGGAUUUGUAAAUCGGGUCUUCUGAAGCCGAGUUACGGCACGUUGAUCGGCCAGACCAGUAAUUUUUCCACGGUGAGGGAAUGGCCUCGGAGUCGGAAAGUGUUAUUGACAUGCUUAGGAGUGACUGCGGGAGGCCUCAGUGCCUUCAUCUACGCUCUAGACAGUUCGGUAAGAGCUACCGAUUUGAUAGCUCAUCCUCCGACAUACAAAUGGGACUUUUAUGGGUGGUUCAAUUCAUUAGAUCAUGCUAGUAUGCGCCGAGGCUGGGACGUCUACAAGAAUGUGUGCGCAGCCUGCCACAGUUUGCAGUACGUGGCGUACCGUCACCUCGUCAAUGUUACUCAUACCGAAGCGGAAGCCAAGGCUCUCGCGGAAGAAGUCAUGAUCGAAGAUGGCCCUAAUGAAGUAGGGGAGUACUUCAAACGUCCAGGAAAACUGUUUGAUUACGUACCAUCUCCAUAUCCGAAUGAAGAAGCUGCUAGAGCGGCAAACAAUGGUGCUUACCCACCCGAUCUCUCUUACAUGAUCAACGCCAGGCACAAUGGAGAGAACUAUGUGUUCGCUUUGCUGACUGGAUAUUGUGAUCCACCAGCCGGUAUAGUUUUAAGAGAAGGACAAUACUUCAAUCCAUAUUUCGCAGGUGGUGCCAUUGGUAUGGCACAGGCUAUUUAUGACGAAGUCUUAGAAUACGAAGAUGGUACUCCAGCAACUGCUUCUCAAGUAACAAAAGAUAUUACCACAUUCCUAAUGUGGACUGCCAAUCACGAAUUCGAUGAACGAAAACAAAUGACCAUCAAGGGUAUUGGAAUAAUGGCAAUUCUCACUGCUGCUGCAUACUACUUCAAGCGACACAAGUGGACAACUAUAAAGAGUACAAAAUUAAUGUUUAUCCCUAAAAAAUACCGUUAGCCAAUGGAAAUUAACGCCGCGAUGUUAGCUGUUGCGCUGGUAUCAGAAAGUAGUUUCGCAAUUUAAGCAAUGUAUCCGGCAAGCUGUGGCUCCUCUCCGAAGGUUCAAACUUAUUCAUAUAGCAUUUGACGAAGCGUCAAUUUGUCAUCACUACCAAAAUCUGCUAAAUUAAACAUUGUACAUAGUUAUACCGAAUGGAGUCAUCGUCUGAUUUAAAUAAAAUUGUUAAACAUAAA